AUGAAGCUCUCUUCUGUUUUAUCAACUUUAGCUUUAACUGCUACUUCCGCUUUCGCUGCUCCAGUUUCCAAUGAAUCUGUUGACAAUGCUUCCGUUCCGGCUGAAGCCAUUAUUGGUUACUUAAAUUUCGAUGGUGCUAACGACAUUGCCUUAUUGCCAUUUUCUAACUCUACCACUAGCGGUGUUAUGUUCAUUAACACAACCAUUGCUGAACAAGCUUACGAAGAAGCUGGUGUUUCUUUAUCCAAGAGAGAAGCUGACGCAUGGCACUGGUUAAGACUGGAUCCAGGUCAGCCAUUAUACAAGAGAGAUGCUGAAGCCGAUGCUGAAGCUUGGCACUGGUUAAGAUUGGACCCAGGUCAACCAUUAUACAAGAGGGAUGCUGAAGCCGAUGCUGAAGCUUGGCACUGGUUAAGAUUGGACCCAGGUCAACCAUUAUACAAGAGGGAUGCUGAAGCCGAUGCUGAAGCUUGGCACUGGUUAAGAUUAGACCCUGGUCAACCAUUAUACUAA